ACGGACAGAAUAUAAAUUAUAAAACAGUGAAUUUUGUACAAGAAAGCAAACCAACCGAACCGGUUUACCCAUCCUGUUUAUUAGGAUCUUUCAUGCUUUGGGUAUUGGAACGCUUGAGAUACUUGUAAAUAUGAUUGUAAUGGAAAGAUGCAAAGGACGGGUAUCGCGGCCUAGUUGGGAAUAAGAAAUGAGUUCGGAACUCUUAUAUACUAUAGUGGCCAUAAUUUCUGUCUUUACUGCCAAAGGAAAGUCAUCACCUAUCAAGUUAUAUCGUUCUAUUCUAGUCUUGUUACUUCGGCAGGAACCAGCUUCGAUUAGUCUUUCACCCCUAUACAUAGGCUCGACGAUAGCUUUGCACCUCAGAACUGAUAUGAUCCUCCGGCAGAGUUUCCUCUGGCUUCAACUUAUCCAGAUAUAGUUCACCAUCUUUCGGGUCCCAGCAGCUAUGUCUACUCAAAUCAGGGUUUAGACCUUGAUGUGGUCGGAGCUGCACUUUGCGCUCCUACUAAUUUCAUGUUUGGGUUUUGAAAAACUCAAACACUCGCAUAGACGCUAGACCCCUUGGUCCGUGUUUCAAGACGGGCGACUUGCAACCAUUACGCCAGC